AUGAGCAAUCAGUAUCAGGAGGAGGGCUGCUCCGAGAGGCCUGAGUGCAAAAGUAAAUCUCCAACUUUGCUCUCCUCCUACUGCAUCGACAGCAUCCUGGGCCGGAGGAGCCCCUGCAAAAUGCGGCUGCUGGGAGCCGCGCAGAGCUUGCCCGCCCCGCUGGCCAGCCGCGCCGACCAGGAAAAGGCCGUGCAAGGCUCCCCCAAGGGCAGCAGCGCCCCGUUCGAGGCCGAGCUGCACCUGCCGCCUAAGCUGCGGCGUCUGUAUGGCCCGGGCGGGGGCCGCCUCCUCCAGGGCGCCGCAGCGGCGGCUGCAGCGGCGGCCGCGGCGGCGGCGGCGGCGGCCACGGCCACGGCUGGUCCGCGGGGGGAGGCCCCUCCGCCGCCGCCUCCAACCGCAAGGCCCGGGGAGAGGCCUGACGGCGCGGGGGCCGCCGUGGCCGCCGCCGCCGCCGCCGCCGCGGCCUGGGACACGCUGAAGAUCAGCCAGGCGCCGCAGGUGAGCAUCAGCCGCAGCAAGUCGUACCGCGAGAACGGGGCGCCCUUCGUGCCGCCUCCUCCCGCGCUGGACGAGCUGGGCGGCCCGGGGGGCGUCGCGCACCCGGACGAGCGCCUCGGCGCGGCCGGUGGUCCCGGCAGCGCCCCGGCGGCGGGUGGCGGCACGGGCGCCGAGGACGACGAGGAGGAGCUGCUGGAAGAUGAAGAGGACGAGGACGAGGAAGAGGAGCUGCUGGAGGACGAUGAGGAGGAGCUGCUGGAGGAUGACGCCCGUCCUCUGCUCAAGGAGCCCCGGCGCUGCGCCGUGGCCGCCACCGGUGCCGUGGCCGCAGCUGCUGCCGCUGCCGUGGCCACCGAGGGCGGGGAGCUGUCGCCCAAGGAAGAGCUUCUGCUGCACCCGGAGGACGCUGAGGGCAAGGACGGCGAGGACAGCGUGUGCCUGUCUGCUGGCAGCGACUCGGAGGAGGGGCUGCUGAAGCGCAAACAGAGGCGCUACCGCACCACGUUCACCAGCUACCAGCUGGAGGAACUGGAGCGGGCUUUCCAGAAGACACACUACCCUGACGUCUUCACCAGGGAAGAACUGGCCAUGAGGCUGGACUUGACUGAGGCCCGAGUCCAGGUCUGGUUCCAGAACCGUCGGGCCAAGUGGCGCAAGCGGGAGAAGGCGGGCGCGCAGACCCACCCCCCGGGGCUGCCCUUCCCCGGGCCGCUCUCGGCCACCCACCCGCUCAGCCCCUAUCUGGACGCCAGCCCUUUCCCGCCGCACCACCCCGCGCUCGACUCGGCCUGGACGGCCGCUGCCGCCGCCGCCGCCGCCGCCUUCCCGAGCCUACCUCCGCCCCCGGGCUCGGCCAGCCUGCCGCCCAGCGGGGCGCCGCUGGGCCUGAGCACUUUUCUCGGAGCCGCCGUGUUCCGGCACCCGGCCUUCAUCAGCCCGGCGUUUGGCAGGCUGUUUUCCACCAUGGCCCCCUUGACCAGCGCGUCGACCGCGGCCGCGCUCUUGAGACAGCCCACACCGGCCGUGGAGGGCGCGGUGGCGUCGGGCGCGCUGGCUGACCCGGCCACGGCGGCCGCAGACAGACGCGCCUCUAGCAUAGCCGCGCUGAGGCUCAAGGCCAAGGAGCACGCGGCGCAGCUCACGCAGCUGAAUAUCCUGCCGGGCACCAGCACGGGCAAGGAGGUGUGCUAA